AUGGGCUCUUUACCAUCUACACGACCGAAUUUCCUUGUUAUCGUCGCAGAUGAUCUUGGCUUCAGUGACUGCGGCUGCUAUGGCUCGGAGAUCCAAACGCCAAACAUUGAUCGUCUUGCGUCCGAAGUUGGAGGAAUUCGCUUCACAGAAUUCCAUGUCGCUGCAGCGUGUAGUCCUACGCGAUCUAUGCUCAUGACGGGCACGGAUCACCAUAUCGCUGGGCUAGGUCAGCUCCAAGAGAUUACCAGGAGCUCACCUGCUCAUAAAGGCAAGCCUGGCCACGAAGGCUAUCUCAAUGAGAGGGUUGUCGCACUUCCUGAACUGUUGAGAGAUGGCGGAUAUUUCACCUGCAUGAGUGGCAAGUGGCAUCUGGGGCUCAAGCCGGAGCAUCAUCCGAAUAGGAGGGGUUUCAAGAAGAGUUUAGCUCUACUCCCUGGAUGUGCGAACCACUACGCGUAUGAGCCUGAGUAUCAAGACCCUAAGUCUGAGCCGGGCAAGUUCUUCGAGACAGCUGUCCGAGCCCUCCACGCCGAGGACGGAAGGUUCCUUGCCGAAAGUGAACUUGGUCCUGACUGGUACUCCUCUGACGGCUAUGCCGACAAGCUUCUGAAUUACCUCUCGGACCGAACAGGGGAAGAGCGCCAACAGCCUUUCUUCGCGUAUCUCCCAUUCUCAGCACCGCACUGGCCACUCCAAGCUCCAAAAGAGACAUGCGACAAGUAUCGUGGUUUCUAUGAUGAAGGACCUGAGGCUCUGCGACAGAAACGUCUACAGAGGCUCAAAGAGCUUGGUCUGAUUGAUGAGUCGGCCGUGCCUCAUCCGGUGACCACUGUUCCCGGUGAACCUGCUGAGUGGGACCAGCUGGAUGACGAAACCAGAGCUGCUAGUGCACGUGCUAUGGAAGUCUAUGCUGGCAUGGUUGAUCGUAUGGAUUGGAACAUUGGCCGAGUGAUUCAAUAUCUCAAGGACAAGAAUGAGUAUGACAACACAGUCAUUCUGUUCAUGAGUGAUAAUGGAGCUGAGGGAGCGAGCUAUGAAGCUUUUCCUCUCGUCGGCUCUACCAUCAUGGACCAUGUGCAUAAAUACUACGACAACAGUUUAGAGAAUAUUGGUCGUGGGAACUCUUUCGUCUGGUAUGGCUCGAGAUGGGCUCAGGCGGCUACAGCACCUUCGAGGCUGUAUAAGAUGUUUUCGACAGAGGGUGGAUGUCGAGUACCCCUCGUUGUCAAACCUACGGCGGAAGCCGCAUCAAAGGCAAAGGACAGUGUCGUCACAGAUGCUUUCUGCACAGUCAUGGAUAUCGUUCCCACCAUUUUGGAAUACGCUGGUCUGGGCCAUCCUGACACCUACGCCGGAAGACCAGUCAUGCCUCUCCGCGGCAAAAGUUGGAAAUCCUUCCUCGACCAACUAGAUAAAAUGUCGCGAUCCUCACCAAUCCACGACAAGGACUAUGUCGCAGGUUUUGAAGUCGCAGGUUCAGGCGCUCUCCGUCGCGGACACUGGAAGAUCACCUACGUCCCAAAGCCAAAGGGCCCUCAAAGAUGGGAGUUAUUCAACAUCAAGAGAGAUCCUGGAGAGACGAAUGACUUGGCUGAAGCUGAACCUGAGUUAAUGGUGGAGAUGCUGAAGCUAUGGGAGGAGUAUAAAAACGAGGUCGGCGUGGUGGGAUUGGCGGGCGAAUUCCCGGGCAUGACUGGUAAGCAGGGGGCUCAGCAGGAUACCAUCCAGGAUGAGAUGGAGGACCCGUAUUCCUGGAUCAAGUAUAUAAAGAGACCGGGGAUUACACCAAAGGAGUUGAUAGGCAUUGUUCCAGUUUAA